CUCUGCCGGAGCUGGCGCUGCGGUGAUGGAGACACUUUCCAAGAGCCGCAUGCUGGGAUGGAGCUGGUCUUUCAGGUCCCAAGGUGAUAUGGACUGAGCUGAGACAACCUUUGAGAAGCUCGCAGGAUGUCCUACACCUAACAGAGCACCAGACAACUAAGUCCAGUCCCAGAGAGCUUGAUCAGAAGCUCUGGCUGAUGCUGGAGAUGUCUGUGAUGAGGCCAUCGGGCUUGUCUGGUGCACCAGAUCUGCUUCUGAGCUGGUCGCCCAGGCUCUCUUGGUAGUCACCAAGGGGUAGGUUGGAGCAUGAGACCCUACAAGUGGCCACCUGUAUCUUGGAGAUGAUUUGUGCCCCACGCUCCUUGGCCCAGGUCCUCUUCAGCUCUCUGAAGAUCUGAGGAACCAGCUCAGGUGGAGAUACCUCCACAGAGGACUUCUGGAGUUAGAGAUGAGUCCUCACGUUACACCCUGGGAAGGAAACACAAGAGGCCAUGGGUUUGCACUGGAGACCGAGGUGGCCCAGCCAACCCCCUCCUGGUUUUGGGUGCAUUAUUGCAUUUUUCCAAAUUAGCCUUAAAACUAUCUCAGAGCCACGGAGAGGUCCCAUGCCACCCCAGGAGACCCUCUGAGCUGCAUGCUCUGUGCGAUGAGGCCUUGGGCUGAUGGCAAGGGGUGGGAGAUGACACCUCCUGGCUGGUCCUGGAAGAGAGCUGCUUGUCCCAUGGCGCGCGUGGAAGAUGACGUCGUGCCAGGAGCUACGCGCACACAAGCUCCCCCUUCCACUCUUUGCACGAAACUCUGGAUUGUUCAACCUAAAAGGUCUCAACCCUUGAGAUCUCAAAGAAAACCAUGGCAGUCCUGCCUGCUGGAGCUGCAGCAGCACUUCUCCUCGCGUGACAGUGUCACCUCCGGACCCUGUGCAGAUGUUUGAUUCUCUUUACGGCGAGCAGACGUGCUGCUCUGGAGAAGGACCAGGAUUCCCGCUGGUGUGACCUCAUGUGGUAUGCUUCAUCUCCAGAGACACGAUGGAGAGAGCCGUGUCUCCACCUCCCCGCAGGCUGGUUCUUCAAGCUACAGUGCCAGGCUGAGCUCCCGCGCAUCCCUACGCUUCUGCACCAAGGAAACACGAGAUCUGCAGCCCCUGCUGCCACGUGGGACCUCUGGAAGAGGCAUCAUCUGACCUUGGAUGAUGACGUUCAACCCAGUGCCUCCACCCACCUCCGUGCCUACAAGGUAUUUAAGUCCAAGCUGCGUUGGUGGCUGGACACCGAGGGAAAAGGCAGACGGGAUCAUCACGGGGCUGUUGCCUUUGAGCAAGUGCUCAUCACCUCAUUGUUGCCAUCGGGUUGGGUGGCCAAGUCCUGCUGAAGGUUGGGGAACAGCUUCUCCUCCAGAAGCCUGGGGGCUGACAGCAGCAGCAGCAGCAGCAGGAAAAACCAGUUUUAAAGGUAUUAAGGAAUUCCUACAGUUCCAAGACCAUCAAACUGCAUCUCCUCUAAUUUCCAACAUCCCUGAUGCUUAGAGAGAUCCCUCAGGCUGGACCUCCUGGAGCGUGAGGACCUCUGGAGCAGCGUGAGCCACCCCCUCUGAAGGUGAGUGAUUGGACAAGUUCCUGUGAGAAAUGCCCGCUUCUCACAGAGAAAUGGUGAGCAUCCAGAGUUAGGUGAGACUUCCCCUUAAGAUGUAGCUCGGUUGACUGUCCUGGAGUCUGGUGAGACUGCUGACCAUGCCGCUCUUCUCCGGCGUUGUCCCACCCCUUGCCCAGAUCUACUGAUGACGUGAAGGACCCAAGUUCAUCCUGGUGCAGGACAUGUAGGGUGUCUACCCCCCUCCAGAAAGCCCCAGGAGCAGCUACGGUGGGUGUAGAUCCCAGUUGCAAUCGGUGACUCCGUGCACGGGGGACCCAGCGCACCCCCCAGCUAAUGCAGCACAACCCUUCGGGUGGUGGAGAACGAGAAGAUGCUUUGUGCUUGACACAGGAUCGAGUGUCCACAGGGAAAUUCAGCCUGAAGAGGCAAAUAUCCCAAAAAUCAAUCUUCACACCAGGCUGUGGCUCACCACGCUUGUCUUCUCAUGUGAAGCAGCCUCUCUUGCUCUUACGGUUGGUCCUCACAGAGGUAUUGGAGUAACUCUGUUACCUACAAAGUCCUGGUACCAACCAUCACAGAGACACCAGGGGGUUGGCUGAAGACCACCAUGGAGGUAUUUAAAAGACGUGUAGAUGUGGUGCUUAGGGACAUGGUUUAGUGGUGGACUUGGCAGGUUUACAGCUGGACUCGAUGACCUCAAGGGUCUUUUCCAACCUGAAUGAUUCUGUGAUUCUAUGAUUCUAGGCUGUUCUUGGCUUGGCCGUUGGGCAUCAGCGUGGACCAGGACUGAGUUUAAUGUAAAUUAGUGACAUUACUGAGUUCUUCUCAGCUGUGCCAGGACAGAACCUCUGAAGGUACGUGAGAUAUUGCUGGGCAAAUAAAAGAUUUGGUAGAUCUCAGAUGUCCACAUCAACUUCCACCUUAUUUCCCAUGGGAGACUGAUAGAGAGCAAGAAUUUAAGUCUGAUGUAAGUGUUGUUUCCACCAUGGGAGGCCGAGCUGCUGGUUAAAAUGUUGUCCUCUUCUCAGACAAAGCACAAAUGCGAAGGGACAACCAAACCACCCCAACAGGGUUCAUUUUGACCGGGUUUUCCCACUUCCCCAAGCUCCAGGUUGCCUUGUUUGUGCUCUUUCUCCUCAUGCACGUGGUGACCCUGGCUGGAAAUCUGGUGAUAAUGGUUGUUAUCAGGGUGGAGCGAGGGCUGCACAUGCCCAUGUAUCUCCUCCUAGGUGCCCUGUCCUUCUCAGAGCUCUGUUACACCUUCUCCAUCACCCCAAAGAUGCUGUCUGGGUUAGUGCCGGGAACUCGAACUCGAGCCAUUUCUUUCCUGGGCUGUGCUGCACAAACGCAUUUCUCCUUCAUGUUUGGCUUCAUGCACUCUUUCCUCCUGACGGUGAUGGGGUACGACCGGUACGUGGCCAUCUGUCACCCCUUGCGUUACAGCACCCUCAUCACCUCCCGUGUCUGUAUCCAGCUGGUGGUGGCCUCGUGGCUGGGUGGGGGUCUCCUGGGGCUGCUGGUGACAUGUGCUGUCUUCCAGUUACCCUUCUGCCGGUCCCACCAGAUUGACCAUUUCUUCUGCCACGUGCCCCCCCUGCUCCAGCUGACUUGUGCUGGUGGCAAGAUGGUUGCCACCGUGGUCAACAUCCUUUGCAUGACCGCCUUGUUGGGUUGCUUUCUGCUUAUCCUUCUCUCCUACGCCUUCAUCCUUGGACACAUCCUGCAGAUGCCCUCAGCGGAGGGGAGGCACAAAACCUUCUCCACCUGUGCCUCCCACGUUGCCGUAGUGGUGGUGCAUUAUGGAUGCGCCUCCGUUAUCUACCUGCAACGCAAAUCGCCCCAAGCUGUGGGAGCGAGUGCUCUCACUGAUGUGUCCUACAAGGUCUUCACCCCCUUCCUCAGCCCCAUCAUUUUUAGUCUGCGAAGCAAAGACUUGAAAAAUGCCCUUUGGAAAUCCCUGAGGAAAAGCUUCAUUUACAGGAAUACGAGGUUUUGGCCGGGCUCUAGUUUCAGCUGCAGGAGUGGUUAUUGCUAAUUUUUUUUUUCUUGCUUUUCUUUGGUGGUUCCUUGCUGCUUUCCAAACAAUAGCCAUACUUCUUCCAGGAAAAUGAGUCAUUUCCGUGGCUCUCAUGUCUUUUACGCUCCCUGGGGAUGGCAGACCUUGCUUGGCUGGAGUGUUUUGGUUUAACAUUUAGUGCUACACACUCAGCACCGUGCAAAAGCAAGAGCGAUGGUCUCCUCGAAGUGGAGACAUGGGCAACUCCUUGAGGAGCAGCAGGUGAAUUGUUCUGAGACCUGGUGCAGAAGACCGUUGUCGACUGGUCUUCUAAUCAUGACUUUGCCUCUUCUAUUGAUGACUUUGUGGCUGGUCCGAGAAGGUUUUGGAUUGAUUCCCUUUCAAUGUGCUCCUCUUUUGAGAAACUGCAAACUCAAAACCACUUGGGGACAAACACAACUUACUGCUCUGCUGUUUCGGAAGUCCCACUUGUCUAAGGCAA